CCACGUGUCCCCCGCAGCCCGCUCCGUCCCACCCCCACGCCCCCCAAGGUGAGAUCACCACCUCCGUUUCCGUCUCCUCCUCCCACUCCUCCCCGCUACUCUCCACCGGUCUCCUCGAGGGCCGCGAGCAUAGGAGCCGACCCUAUAACUAGCCCCAUUCCCCGACUCACGCUCGCCCCCCACUCCUCCCCCAUCCCCGCCGCUUGGAUGGAUUCCGUCGGGACAAAUCGCCCCCCGCUGCGCUCCGUCGCCGCCCCCCGAAGCAGCGCGCUGCGACGCCCGCCCCGCCACCCCGCGCUCGGCAACCGUGUGGCCGCGAGUAAGCUCGGGAUCGCGUCUGGUCUCGGAGGAGGAACAGGAGGGUGUUUUGGAAAGGUGCACCGACUUGACGCGGUGCGGGAUACCAGGGCGAGAGCUCAGAGCGGGAGAACGGGGAGUAGCGCGACCGAGCUGGCAAUGGAAUGCACAGGACCUAGCACUGAAAUGCUCUUGAAAUAUUCGUCUGGUAAAGCUUUCCCACUCGGAGUAUCGGAAGUAGAAGGCGGGCUGAACUUUUCAAUUUUCUCACAACAUGCUUCCUCUGUUGCCCUUUGCUUGAAACUUCCUGAUAGAGGAACCAAAGAUGAUGUAGAAAUUGUCGAGUUUGCUUUAAAUUGCCAGAAGAACAAAACAGGAGAUAUAUGGCAUGUGUCAGUUGAGGGUUUGCCUGCUUCUGGUGUUCUUUAUGGGUAUCGCAUUAAUGGUCCUCGAGGGUGGGAGCAAGGUCAUAGAUUUGAUAGCAGUGUUAUUCUUCUGGACCCUUAUGCAAAAUUAGUUUCGGGUCGAAAGUACUUUGGGGCUGACGAGGAAAAGUCUAGUCAGGUUUUUGGAACAUAUGAUUUUGAUAGCUAUCCUUUUGACUGGGAUGAUGAUUAUCUGCUUCCUAAUUUGCCUGAGACAGAUCUUGUUAUAUAUGAAAUGAAUGUUCGCGCUUUCACUGCCGAUGAAUCAAGUGGCCUUGAUCCAGCUGUUCGUGGAAGCUAUCUUGGUGUCAUUGAGAAAAUUCCUCAUUUGCUGGAACUAGGCGUUAAUGCAGUGGAACUACUUCCUGUCUUUGAGUUUGAUGAGCUGGAGUUCAAGAGGUACCCUAACCCAAGGGACCACAUGGUAAAUACAUGGGGAUAUUCAACAAUGAACUUUUUUGCGCCCAUGAGCCGUUAUGCUAGUGCUGGUGGUGGACCUGUGGCUGCUUCCAAAGAGCUUAAGAAGAUGGUAAAAGCAUUGCAUAAUGCUGGGAUUGAGGUUAUUCUGGACGUUGUUUACAAUCAUACAAAUGAGGCCGAUGAUGCUAACCCUUAUAUUACUUCUUUCCGUGGCAUUGAUAACAAGGUUUAUUACAUGUUAGAUCUGAACAACAAUGCUCAGCUUCUUAACUUCUCGGGCUGCGGGAACACACUAAACUGCAACCAUCCUGUUGUCAUGGAGCUUAUACUCGACAGUUUGAGACAUUGGGUUAAUGAGUAUCACAUAGAUGGAUUUCGAUUUGACCUCGCAAGCGUUCUUUGUCGUGGACCAAAUGGUAGCCCUCUUGAUGCACCACCACUCAUUAAGGAAAUUGCCAAAGAUUCUGUAUUGUCUAGAUGUAAGAUCAUUGCUGAACCUUGGGAUUGUGGUGGUCUCUAUCUAGUAGGGCGAUUCCCUAACUGGGACAGGUGGGCUGAAUGGAAUGGGCAGUACAGAGAUGAUAUCCGAAGAUAUAUUAAGCAUUUACAGGGCGACGCUGGUAUGAAGGGGGUGUUUGCGACUCGUGUUUCUGGAUCUGCUGAUCUCUACCAGGUGAACAAGCGGAAGCCGCACCAUAGUGUAAACUUUGUAAUUGCACAUGAUGGAUUUACUUUAUAUGACCUCGUUUCAUACAACUUAAAGCACAAUCAUGCGAAUGGAGAAAGUGGUCGGGAUGGGUGCAACGACAAUUUUAGCUGGAACUGUGGUGUUGAAGGAGAAACAAAUGAUUUGAAUGUGCUAAAUCUUCGUUCAAGACAAAUGAAGAACUUCCAUGUGGCAUUAAUGAUUUCUCAGGGCAUUCCAAUGAUGCUGAUGGGAGAUGAAUAUGCUCACACACGUUAUGGAAACAAUAAUAGCUAUGGUCAUGAUACUUUCAUAAACCAUUUCCAAUGGGGACAGUUGGAAGAAAGAAGGGAUGGCCAUUUCAGGUUUUUCUCAGAGAUGAUCAAGUUUCGUCAUAACCACCGAAUACUGAGACGUGACAGGUUUCUUAACAAAAAUGAUGUCACCUGGCAUGAAGAUUGUUGGGAGAACCAGGAAAGCAAAUUCUUGGCUUUCACGGUACACGACCACAACUCUUGUGAAGACAUCUAUUUGGCAUUCAAUGCUCAUGACUAUUUUGUGAACUCUGUAAUCCCCCCACCGCCACACCAUAAAUGUUGGAACCGCGUGGUGGAUACCAACCUGGAAUCACCAAAUGAUAUUGUGCCAGAAGGGGUGCCAUUUUCAGGAUCAAGGUAUAGGAUUGCUCCGUACUCUUGCAUCCUGCUCAAGGCAAAGCUUUAGAAUGGUGGAGGCAAGUCUGGCUUAGUUUGGUUAAAAAGACUCAUCUUACUUUCCAAGCUCUUAACCAACAGUUCUGCAAACAUGGCAAACUUUGAUCUGGGGAGUCAGGCUGAUCUUAGCGGAAAAUUGACUGGUGGGAGCCACAGUUGCAACUGGUACAGGGGACUCAUAAUAACCACACAUCGCAAGUGAACUUUUCUGCACAUGAGAAGCAACAAGAGCCUGUUAUACAGAUGUCACCGGAGUUCUGGUUGGGGGAAGCUAGUGUUUGCAUUAUGUUAUUUCAUUUUUUUUCGUUGAACCUGUGAAUGGCUGUCAAGAGCUUGUUUCCUUAAUAAUUUGGCAUCGUAUCCCAUGUUUACGACCUAUAUGCUCUCUUGUGAGAAUAUGGAAGCUUUCCUGUAUUGAACAUAUGCUUGACGAAUGGAUACCAGUCUUGCUUCGUCUAA